CUGCCUUCCUUGCGGAGCUGUCUCCAGAUCCUUCCCCCUUUACCCUCCAGCAGUUCAGGAGAACGUCUGGCGAGGCACAUCCUUCGUCCCAGAGUUUCUAACAAUUCCUGCUCUCUCCCCUUCACCCGGGGCUGCUCCCGCCGUGCUGAGGCGGUGCCGGGCAGGGGAGGCUGGCCCGGCCCCGCCGUGACCUGGAAGGGAAGCGGCGUCAGCGGCAUCAACUUCCCGGGGCCGCGGGGGGAACGGGCGGGGCCGGCAUGGAGCGGGCGGGCGGCAGGCUGUAGCUGAUGCCCAGGCCCCCCUGGCACGAUGCCGUCGAGGACCAAUCUCUCUGCUGGGAUCCCCAGUAGCAAAGUCAAAUAUUCCAAACUCUCCAGCACCGAUGAUGGAUACAUUGACCUGCAGUUCAAGAAGAGCCCACCCAAAAUCCCCUACAAGGCCAUCGCGCUGGCUGUGGUGCUCUUCAUGAUCGGGACCUUCCUCAUCAUCAUCGGAGCCCUGCUGCUGGCAGGGUACAUCAGCAAAGGGGAGACUGACCGGGCCAUCCCCGUGCUGAUCAUCGGCAUCCUGGUGUUCCUGCCCGGCUUCUACCACCUGCGCAUCGCCUACUACGCCUCCAAGGGCUACCGGGGCUACUCCUACGACGACAUCCCCGACUUCGACGACUGAGCUGCUCAUUAACCCCGCCCUAAUUAGGCCGCUCGGAGCCGGCAGUUCCCCUGCAUGCCGCCCGGGCACUGCUGCUGCUGCUGCUGCUGCUGCGUGUCCCGGCCUGGAGGCGCUGCAGGUUUUCCAGUUUGGGGGUGGGGGCUGCAGCCCGGAAUUGACCAAAAGGAAUUGCAAAGAACUUGGGAUUUGCGGGAUUUUGUUUUUUCCUCCUCUCGGGGUUGCAUAAUUCCGCUCGCUGGGAAGCUCUUCCUGGGCGAGGCAGUCCUUGCAGUUUUCCAAAAAUAGAGCAGCUGGUUUCAGCAGCAGAUCCUUGUUUUUUCUCUAAGUGUUUGCUAGAGUUUAAUUUAGCUUUCCAUGAGAUUGUGGUUAUUGUUGGGUUACCUUUGCAGCCAGGCCAUCAUUAAAUUCUCCUUUUGCUCUCUGUCCAUCAGAAACGCUUCCAAACCACUGGUCCUGGAGUAAAUAAAGUCUGAUGAGGGGGGAAAGCAGCACUUGCAGGAGGUGAUUUCCACACAGUGCAUGGGCUCCAGAGCCCCCUGCCAGCCUGGCUCAUUUCCCCACAAACUCAUUUCCCCAAGCCAGCUUUCCCUGUGCUGCUGUUGGCAAAACCUGCUUGUCCUUCACAGGGACUGCUGUGGAGUCUGCCUGAAGGACUGGAACCCACACUCAAGUGUUUAAAUACCAAAACUCUUGGGCUUGACUGCUGUGGGUAUUGGAGAACUUGAACUGCAGCUGUGCAUCCUUUGGAGUCCUCUGGUCCUUGUGUAGAUAAUUUGCUGUGCAGACCUGCCCAGGCCAGUGAAGAGAAGUUCUGUGUGCAGUUGGUGCUGACCAAAGCCCCUCUGCAUUGCUCAGUGCCAUUCAGGGAGCACAGAGCAGGCUGUCUCCUGCUGCCCUGCACAACCAGCAGCAGUGCUGGGGGAUGCAUUUACCAUGAAUAAAGUUCUGGAUUCUCUGCAA